AUGGCAAAGGAAGCGGAAAGAAAAGGACCCCUGUGCCAUUAUGCGGUGACCAGCCUGGCAAAGAACAACUUCAGGGUGGUCACCGUAAACAUGUACAAUCCGCACGUGAAGGAUGAAGAAGUGAGGGCCUUUCUGGGGAGAUACAUGGACAAUGUCUCCUCAGCGAGGGGAACAUUCUACUAUGCACGUCAGUCCCCGUUCUGCAGGCGUUGUAUGGCCUACGGCCAUAUCCUGGCCUCGUGCAGUGCCAAGAGGUGUCGAUUUUGUGGGUCGGACGAGCACGAGGCCAAGGAAUGUGACGAGCCCAAGGCUUGCCACGGAGACGUUUCAGUGAAAGAAGAGGAAGACACGUUCAGAGUGAAAGAGGAGGGUGCAUUUUUUGGAGUGAAAGAGGAGGAGGGGGAGAUUACUGUCACAUUGGAGGAAGAAGAGGAGGUUGGAGAUCUGUUUAACACCAGAGAGAGACGGGAUUAUCGUGGAUCCUCUGGGAAGCCUCAACAACCUUAUGAUGCUGAAGAGACAAAGAAGAGUCUCUCCAGAUCAGAACACCUCAAUAAACACCUGCAGAGAUCCACAGGGAGGAGAACUCAUUGCUGCUCUGACUGUGGGAAGAGAUUCACGUCAUCAGGCAUUAAAAUGCACCAGAGAACACACACAGGAGAGAAACCGUAUAGCUGUGCUCAAUGUGGGAAGAGUUUUGGUGGAUCUGGCUCUCUGACAGUGCACCAGAGAACACACACAGGAGAGAAACCAUAUAGCUGUGUUCAAUGUGGGAAGAGUUUUGGUGGAUCUGGCUCUCUGACUGUACACCAGAGAACACACACAGGAGAGAACCCUUUCAGCUGUGGUCAUUGUGGGAAGAGAUGCACUACAUCUGGCCAUCUAACUAUACACCAGAGAACACACACAGGAGAGAAACCUUAUAGCUGUAGUCAAUGUGGUAAGAGUUUUGGUCAAUCUGGAGAGCUCACAGUGCACCAGAGAACACACACAGGAGAGAAACCUUAUAUCUGUGUUCAAUGUGGGAAGAAUUUUGGUCGAUCUGGCUCUCUGACAGUGCACCAGAGAACACACACAGGAGAGAAACCUUACUGCUGUGAUCAAUGUGGGAAGAGAUGUACUACAUCUGGCAAUCUAACUCUACACCAGAGAGCACAUACAGGAGAGAAACCUUAUACCUGUGGUCAAUGUGGGAAGAGUUUUGCUGCAUCUAGCACUCUGACUCAACACCAGAGAACACACACAGGAGAGAAACCUUACAGCUGUGUUCAAUGUGGGAAGAGUUUUGCUGCAUCUAGCACUCUGACUCUACACCAAAGAACACACACAGGAGAGAAAUCUUACAGCUGUGUUCAAUGUGGGAAGAGUUUUAGUCAAUCUUGCCAUCUGACUCUACACCAGAGAACACACACUGGAGAGAAACCGUAUAGCUGUAAUCAAUGUGGGAAGAGCUUUACUCAGCUAAACAGCCUGAUAUUGCACCAGAGAACACACACAGGAGAGAAACCUUACAGUUGUGUUCAAUGUGGGAAGAGUUUUCGUCAAUCUUGCCAUCUGACUCUACACCAGAGAACACACACAGGAGAGAACUCAUCAGAAAAUACAUGAAGGAGUUGUUUCAUGAUAUCAAUGAAAUAAUUUCACAAUGUAGAAUGUUUUUAACAUUGUAUUUGGAGUAUUUUAAGGUAUUUCACGAUGUAGAAUCCUAAACGUUUGCCCCCUGUUCUAUUGAUUUCACCAUGAUAUGGAUAUUAGCCUUGGGAAAAAUCCAGGCUCUGAAUUGAAAGAGUACUAUUUAUGUGAUUUAACAAAAAGUGACUAACACAAAAAGAGCUGUGUUACACUUCCCGUGUUGGUGACCCACUUGAAUCAAAAUGCAACAGUUUAAAAUGUAGCUAGCUGUUUUCUACAAAUUGUCCUCUAACCAGUGAUGUACACAUUAUUCUCUGAUUCCGUGUGGUUUUUGAGCUGUUAGUUUUGACAGGACGUGCAACCUCAUCUCCUUCUUCUCGGCACAAUUGAUUUCAACAUGAUAUCUUUGAGUGAUGACAAAUAAGUGUUGCGUUCCUUUGUUUAGCGACCCCUACAUUUAAAUGCAUCACUCCAAAAUGUAGUUGACUGUCUUCUGCAGGUUGUCCUCUAAUCAGUGAGGUAAAAGAUAUCUCCCAUUUCAAUGUGUUCUUUUAGUUGUGUUAGUUUCAAAAGCACGUACAACCUGAUUUCCCCCCUAAUCGAUAUCAGUGAUUUAUUGCUACUUGUCAAAACAAGUGUUUCUGAUGCGUGUGCAGUUUAUAAGGAGCUUGUUUAAAAAAUACAAGUAAUAUGAUUAUUGUGGCAGAUGUUUGUGUACAUAGCACAUUUUAUGUUUAGGUUUUCAAUAAAUCAAAAACUGCAUAUUGGUAAUUGAUUUGAACACGUUAAAACUGUGUUUUUACUUUGGGGCUAUCCCACGUAGCAAAAUGUAAUUGAAAAGAAGACUAUGACUGACGUCCAAUAUUUGUUCGGUUGUAGUUGAAAAUAUGUAUUUUCGGGUCAUUUUUUAAAUUACUUUAAAACAACGUAAUUUCAACGUACUUUCAGUAGCCGAGUGGUUAGAGCGUUUGGCAGUAACCGAAAGGUUGCUGGAUCGAAUCCCCGAGCUGAUAAGGUAAAAAUAUAUUGUUCUCCCCCCAGUUAACUCACUGUUCCUAGGCCGUCACUGUCAAUAAGAAGUUGAUCUUAACUGACUUGCCUAGUUAAAUAAAAAGUGGACUAGAGUUCUAUUAGCUAGUGAGUUUUUGGGUUCUAUUAAAAAAAAUGGAAAAAUAAUACUAUUGUAUAUUACUAUUUCGAUUUUUUUUGUUGUUGCUGUCUUCAAUUGUUGCCAGCCAUCAGACCACAUGUUUAUAUUGUAGAAGGUGAAGCAUUGUAGUUGAUUAUAAUGUGAAAUGGAAGUUGUUUUCUGUUGGUGGUGAGCAAACUUGUCCAACAGAAAUAUAGGAUAUAUUUGUUGUCUUAAAGGGGAAUGUUUUACAGGCUUUGGUUUUUCCAUUUAUGUUGUGAGGUUGAACUUUAGCUCAUUAGCACGUAAGACGCACUGAUUGGUGUCACCUCGUUAGUCAGUAUGUGUUACACCUGUGCUGGCUUGUCCAUCUCGUUAGUGGGAAGGUGUUUCACCUGAGCUGGUCCAGGUUCUAUUUAAGAGUGUCUGGCCCAGUGCUCCAGUUGUCUUGAUAGAUGUGGAGUCAACACCUUUAGUUGCGCCACCUUUUUGAUUAAAAUAUGUUUUCAUUCCAAGUUGAAGCUUCUUUCUGAAGAGAGCUUAUUUUAUAAAAUGAAUCAAUACAAGCAAACAAGAUCGGUUCCGGGGAUUGGUAUGGCAAAUACCUUACGAUUUGCCUGGACUGAAAAUGAGAUGGAGCCGUGGAGUAGAGAGACAUUUGGAAGGACUAUUUUGAUGGGAUGCCUCAGGAUAGAGGUGAAGGAAGUGCUCUGCCUUCAAGGGAACCCGAAUGAGAAGGCUUUCGAUGUGACGUUUCACAAAGAAGAAAAACACGACGAAGUAAUGAAGAUGGCAAAGGAAGCGGAGAAAACGGGACCCCUGUGCCAUUAUGCGGUGACCAGCCUGGCGAAGAACAACUUCAGGGUGGUCACCGUAACCAUGUACAAUCCGCACGUGAAAGAUGAAGAGGUGAGGGCCUUUCUGGGGAGGUACAUGGACAAUGUCUCCUCAGCGAGGUACCUCAGGGACUCCCUGGGUUUCUGGAACGGGAGAAGAGGGUUCCAGGCGUUACUCAGGGAGUCCCCGAAGAGUGUGGAUGGCUACCUCCAUCCUCCGGCGAUGUUCUCCCUGGGGGCUGACAGGGGAACACUCUACUAUGCCCGUCAGCCCCCGUUCUGCAGGCGUUGUAUGGCCUACGGCCAUAUCCUGGCCUCGUGCAGUGCCAAGAGGUGUCGAUUUUGUGGGUCGGAAGAGCACGAGGCCAAGGAAUGUGACGAGCCCAAGGCUUGCCACGGGUGUGGCUCAAGAGCACACCUGUGGCGUGAUUGCCCGGCUCGUCACAGGUCAUACGCGUCUGCAGCUGGGGGGGGAGCGGGGGAUGGGGGGAGGAAAGAAAGGACGCGUGCGGAUUGCAUGGAUGGCACAGGGGAAAAGACGGCGCAGGAAGAAGAUGGGAAGAAGGAUGAGGUGGGAAGAAAGAGGCGAGGAGAAGAAAAGAAUGGAACAGAAGGAGAGAAGAAAAAGGGGACGGAAGAAG